CACUGCUCUCGGCAAACAGGUUUUGAUUGGACAGCUCCCGUAGUAACCGUAGCAGUCAUUUGAUCGAAACCCAUUCGAAAUGAUCGUUGCACAUCGGAAGCUAUACCUGCAGCUCGUGAUUCUCUUCGUGGCGUUCGCCAUUUCCUCUGGAUCUCCGAAUGCGUCGAGCUGCGGUCAUCGAUGCGGAGGAGGCGACUGCGUCCAACUGGACCAGCUCUGCGACGGCACCGCCAACUGUUUCGAUGCCUCCGAUGAGACUGUCACCCUGUGCGAAAAGGCCUGGUGCCCGGGAUAUGGAUUCCGCUGCAGCUAUGGAGCUUGCAUAGCGAACACAGCGAUCUGCGACGGCGUGCGAGACUGUGUGGACGGAUCUGAUGAGGAGGGAUGGCUGUGCCGGGCCCAGAUGCAGCAGGCCAAUUGCGACCACUGGGAAAUGUACUGCUCCUCCGGCCAGUGCAUGCCCUACUCAAAGCUGUGCGAUGGCAACCGGGAUUGCCGGGACGGAGAUGAUGAGCUGGUGUCCCUUUGCGAAGGUGUCGUCCACCCAACCACUGUCCGAUCAACUACUGUGACCACGGAAAGCGAUGUAAUUGAGACGACUCCCACAGUGAAAACACACAAUCGUAUUGAAGGGAUUGGAGAGUGCGUGGUUCCACAGUUGCCAAACGUGAUAGUUAAGCAUUCCACCGAUGCGAUCCUACCUGCAGGAUCCAGCGUAGCCAAUGGUACUCGUAUAUACUACGAUUGCCCCGCUGAGCACUCACUUAAGGGAGAGGACCAGAACAUUUGUGAAGAUUCCUUGUGGGUUAAGAAGUUUUCAUACUGUGAAAUUUCGUGUAACCUUUUUUCAGCACCCGAAGCCUCUAUCUUCAGCCUGGUAAUAUCCGUUUUCUCGUUCCUUAUCGUUGUCUUGAUAUUUCUGAUUUGGAGGAUUCAGCGGGAAAAUGGCGAGAGAAGGCAACGCGAGGAGCACAUUUGGCUGGUGGAGAGGAGUAGUACGCAUCCAAGAGAACCUGACAUGUCAAAGGUCUAAGGAUAUUACAACGAUUGAAUUGCAACCGCUUCAGUGCUGAAACGCUGUUGAAAGUCACUUCGGAGUAAAGCUCUUAAAACUUAAAA